GUCGCAACAAAUGACCGAUGGUGUAGCAAUGGAUGUGUUUGUCAUCAUGGGGGUGUAUACACAUGUCAUGAUCGCUAUAACCCAGGUAAACACUCACAAUUAUUGGUUUCUUCAAGUAAAUGCAUUUUUAAUAAUUAUGUAACUUAGUUACUUGUUCAGUCGUCAAGUACAUGUACAGUCAGAUCCAUUAAAAUUGACACUAAGGGGGCCAUGGAAAGGCAGUGCCCUUAUUAACAGGCUGUCGAUAUUAAGCAGGUUGAAAGUGUAGGGGCUUUCUUUCCACAUGGACAAAGCAAACUGUCCAUAAUAAUGAGGUGUCCGUAUUAAGCGCAUGUCCAUAAAGUGGGGUGUGGCUGUAAAAGUAUAACUUUUUUAUACUAUGUUUUUGUUAGUGUUGUUAGUUUUUGUUAGUGUUGCAGGUCAGUCUGUUCUCUUUUAUUUGAGCUUGCCUAAUUAUCCUGUCAAGAUCAUCCAUGGAACAUUAUAUUAGAGUUUCCAAGACAACUCUGCAGCUAAAUACUGAACAAAUUUCCUUUAAAAGGUAAACUUCAGAAUCACAAAUGGGAGAACGCUUUGACAGUGGAUAAAGGUUCCUGGGGUUACAGACGCAAUGUCGACAUUAACUCCUACUUAGACAUCAAUCAACUCUUGUACCAACUGGCUUCUACUGUCAGGUGAGGUUUGAUAAUUAGGCCAUAACACGUUUGAACACGUUUUUUAUAGAGAUGCUCCCACAGCUCCAUGAAAAUUGUCCAUACUACGUGCCCUGUCUACCUCACUGUAAUAAUUAAUUGCUAUUAUAAAUAAACUUAUUUGCCCAAGAAGAUUUUGCCAAAAAAGCCAGUUUAAGCUAGUGAAAAGCAUCUGGUCACCAUUUAGCUGGAAAAAAAUAACGAAAACGUUGUUUGCGAGUCAAACACUUCAACCAAACAUGAGAGCGACUGGGAAUUGUCAUCCUUCAUUGCUCCAUGUGCUUGGUACCGCAUUUUAUGAUGGCCAUAGGGGUACCUUUUGUGUGUACAGUCGACACAGGGGUACCUUUUGCUGUGUGUACAACGGACACCUCUGUAAAAUGGACACUUAGAGUUGGUCCCUGCCUUUGUUUACUGCCUUUAUUUGACUCUCCAAAAGACAGACAUCUCUGAAACAGGAACACUUAGUGUUGUUCCCAAAGAGUUGACUGCAUCGUCAACUCUUCCCCUUUAUUUAACCAUUGACUAGUAAAGCUUAGCGAGUGCGUGGUUUUUCGGUAUGGGGACCAGUGACUGGGAGGUGUCAAUUAACCAUUCGUGGAGACAUAGCUUUAUCUAGGGUUUGGCUGCGUCAAAUGUAGAAGCAGCCAUACAUGUCAGACAUUCCCAGGCACCCACCUGCACUGGGAGAUGCACGGCAGUUGGUAUGUCAAUUUAGUGGCAGUUAAUUCUGUUUGAAUUUAAUAAAUAUCGUGGGACGGCUCCUUUAAGUUAUUUGCUUUCCCAAAUUUUUUCUUUUAUUUUUCCUUAGCUGUGGUGGAAACAUGUUAUUGAAUGUUGGCCCAACAGCAGAUGGUCGUAUCAUACCAGCGUUUGAGGAGCGACUUCUGCAGAUGGGAGAAUGGCUUUCUGUAAAUGGUGAGGCUAUUUACAGCAGCAAACCUUGGAGAGCUCAGAAUGACACCAUAAACAAAAAUGUCUGGUAGGUUACUGAACUAAGCAUUUGGUUUACUGUUCUGAAACGUACUAUGAAACUCACAAAACCGUGAACACAAGAAAUAUUUAGAUGGAUUGUUAUUGUGUUACAAGGAGAAAGCCAAUAAGUCGUGAGGAAACUGAACUGCAAACAGCAACAUCAUCAAUUAGUUUGUGGUUUUCAGUGUGGUUUGCUGACGUGUCCCGAAAUUUAUUGUGAUUGGUCACUACACAACCAACAUUCUAGGAAUUUUUCAGGUGUUCACGGUUCCCGGCCACAGUUUUCUGAGUUUGACUGAAGGAAAGAGGGUGAUGUAGUAAAUAUUUUGUACUCACAGGUAUUGAUUGAGUAGGAAGGGCAGACAGAAAUAUAUUUGCAUUGAGGUCAUGGCGCCAAGACCUCACGCCAAAUAUUUCCCGUUCGGCCUGAGCUUACUCAGUAAAAAGAACUAUUUGUUAUUUUUUGUAAAUUCUAUUCAACUGAAAUAUUUUUAGUUGUGUUUUGAAUCUGAAAUUUAGCGUUUUAAGGUUGAAAUACUUGUUAGCUGAUAUACUUUUAUUUUCGGUGCUAUUAAACUGCUCCAUCCAGAAAAGAAUUACAAAAAGAGAGAGAAAACUUGUUUUAAGGGCCCAGUGACCUAUCAGUAGGGGGACCAUAUUCUAGAGGGAGGUUUCUUAUCUGAUCGUGGACUUGAAUCGCAGAUACAAGUGCGUUAAGAGGGGUGGGGAGGGGGAACAAAAUCAGCCAUAACACCACUCCCAACAGUAUCUAUCGAAGGGAAAGUUGACUUCUCUCUUAGUCUACGUAGCAAGCGUUUCCGCGCGUAUUUCUUUUGCUCUCGCUUUAACUUCCACACAAUAACUUAACUGUAAACGUGUGCUACGCAGGCCACUUCUCUCUCAGCCAGUUCGGUUCAUCUAAUCUCUCUGUCUCUCCAGGUAUACUUCCAAAGCUGGUGUUGUGUACGCCAUUCUUCUCGAGUGGCCUGAAACAGAAGAGCUUACUCUAGGAUCUCCAAAGGCCACUGACAACACUCAAGUCACCAUGUUAGGUUAUGAAGGAAAGUUUGUUUGGAAGCCGGAUACCAGCACAGGUGGUAUGAUAAUUACCUUGCCUGGUAUCCCUGUGAACAAGCUGCCAUCCAAUUGGGCUUGGGUUUUUAAGCUCGAGAAGGUUUUGUGA